CGUAUCCUUUGUAUUGCAUGUAUAGUUUUGGUGAUUAGCUGAACAUCAUUGUCUCAGCAUAAUCAUGAAAACUUUGUGUUUUCUAACCCUAAUUGUGAUUGCCGUGGUACUCACGCGCACAAGCGGAACUAAACAGAGUUUCCCGGUAUUCAAUCUAUGCGUCUGGAAUCCUUGUAAGAACGGUGGCCAAUGUUUCAGGAGAGGACGUGUGUUCGCAUGUAAAUGCCGGCCUGGUUACACUGGGCGUCAGUGUCAAAUUGUGAUUAAUCCAUGCCUCCGUAGUCCUUGUAAGAACGGUGGUGUAUGUCGUAGGAGGGGACAUCUAUUCUCGUGUAAAUGCCGACCUGGUUAUAUUGGACGUUACUGUAACGUCUUGAUUAAUCCAUGCCUCCGUAGCCCUUGUAAGAACGGUGGUGUAUGUCGUAGGAGGGGAUAUCGAUUCUCGUGUAAAUGCCGACCUGGUUAUAUUGGACGUUACUGUAACGUCUUGAUGAAUCCAUGCCUCCGUAGGCCUUGUAAGAACGGUGGUGUAUGUCGUAGGAGGGGACAUCGAUUCUCGUGUAAAUGCCGACCUGGUUAUAUUGGACGUUACUGUAACGUCUUACUUAAUCCAUGCCACAGAAGACCGUGUAAGAACGGUGGUGUGUGUAUGAGGUCAAGAAAUGGCUUCCACUGCAAAUGCCCACCUGGUUAUACUGGACAAAACUGCCAAACAUUCUGCAGAAGGGCCGUUGCUGAUAUUGUAUUCGUUUUGGAUGAAUCAGGAAGUAUCACACAUCGAAAUUUUGAAGUCAUGAAAUCGUUCGUAAAAAAUCUCAUUUACAUUUUCCCAAUUUCCAGAACACAGGUUCGUGUUGGUGUCAUUACAUUUAGCACCUAUAUAAGAAAUGAGUUUAAUUUGAAUAAAUAUUUCACUCACAGACAAUUGUAUUAUGCCAUUAAUAGAAUUCGAUACAACAGCGGAGCAACGAAUACUCAUUUAGCAUUGAAUUAUCUUAAGAGACACGCAUUUCAAUCUAGGGCUGGAGGUCGAAGACUUAUCCCGAAAAUUGCUAUUGUUAUUACUGACGGAAGAUCAACAAACCCGAAAAUGACGCGACACACUGCUCAAAUUCUAAAAAAAUCAGGGAUUCAAGUUUAUGCCAUCGGUAUUGGAAACCAAGUUCCUAGAUCUGAAUUGGUAACCAUUGCAAGUCAUCCAAGCAAGGAAUAUGUCUAUGAUUUACAUACAUUUAGAGAUUUGUCAAACAUCAAAUCUGGUCUGGCGAGUAAAACGUGCCUAGCUUCAGAGCCCUGCAGGGGAAAUCCUUGUCGAAAUGGAGCAAAAUGUGUAAAUUUGUGGAAGAAUUUCAAGUGCAUUUGUAAAUCAGGCUUCCGAGGAAAACGUUGCGAAAUAGUGGUUAACCCAUGCCAUAAGAGACCUUGUAAGAACGGCGGCGCAUGUAUCAGAAAAGGACACAGAUUCACCUGUAAAUGCCGACCUGGGUAUACUGGAACAUACUGUCAUACAUUUAAUCCAUGCCAUAAGAGACCUUGCAAGAACGGUGGCACAUGUAUUGGAAGAGGACGGAGCUUCAGCUGUAAAUGCCGACCUGGAUAUAGCGGACGAUACUGUCAUGCAUUUAAUCCAUGCCAUAGGAGACCUUGCAAGAACGGUGGGGCAUGUAUUGGAAGAGGACGGAGCUUCAGCUGUAAAUGCCGACCUGGAUAUAGCGGGCGAUACUGUCAUGCAUUUAAUCCAUGCCAUAGGAGACCUUGCAAGAACGGUGGCGCAUGUAUUGGAAGAGGACGGAGCUUCAGCUGUAAAUGUCGACCUGGAUAUAGCGGACGAUACUGUCAUGCAUUCAAUCCAUGCCAUAGGAGACCUUGCAAGAACGGUGGCGUAUGUUUUAGAAGAGGACGGAGCUUCGCCUGUAGAUGCCGACCAGGAUAUAGCGGACGAUACUGUCUUGCAUUUAAUCCAUGCCACAGGAGACCUUGCGGGAACGGUGGCGUUUGUAUUGGAAGAGGACGGAGCUUCAGCUGUAAAUGCCGACCUGGAUAUAGCGGACGAUACUGUCGUGCAUUUAAUCCAUGCCAUAAGAGACCUUGCAAGAACGGUGGCGUAUGUAUGAGAAGAGGACGGGGCUUCGCCUGUAAAUGCCGACCUGGAUAUACUGGACUAUACUGUCAAUCAUUCAAUCCAUGCCAUAGGAGACCUUGUAAGAACGGCGGCGCAUGUAUCAGGAAAGGACAUAGAUUCACCUGUAAAUGCAGACCUGGUUACACUGGAAGAUACUGUAAUAGAUUGCUAAAUCCAUGUCGCACGAGACCAUGUAAGAACGGCGGCACAUGUAUCAGGAAAGGACGUAGAUUCACCUGUAAAUGCAAACCUGGUUACUCUGGAAGAUACUGUAAUAGAUUUAAUCCAUGCCACAGCAGACCUUGUAAGAACGGCGGUGUAUGUAUUGCGAAAGGAUAUAGAUUCGUCUGUAAAUGCCGACCCGGUUACUCUGGACGAGACUGUAGAAUAUUUAAUCCAUGCCACAGUAGACCUUGUAAGAACGGCGGCGUAUGCGUCAGAAGAGGACAGAGCUUUACAUGUAAAUGCCCUCCUGGUUAUGCUGGACAAUAUUGUCGUACACCCUGCCAAACGGCCGUUGCUGAUAUUGUAUUCGUUUUGGAUGAAUCUGGAAGUAUUACACGUCCAAAUUUUAAGACCAUGAAAACGUUCGUAAAUAAUCUCAUCUCAGUUUUCCCAAUUUCUAGAAAGCAGGUUCGUGUUGGUGUCGUUACAUUUAGCACCCAGAUCAAAAACGAGUUCAAUCUGAAUAGAUAUUUCACUCACAGACAAUUGUAUCAUGCUAUUGACAGAAUACAAUACAAUAGUGGAAUGACGAAUACUCAUUUAGCAUUGGAUUAUCUUAAGAAACACGCAUUUCAGUCCGAGGAUGGAAGUCGAAAGCAUAUCCCGCAAAUUGCUAUUGUUAUUACUGACGGAAGAUCAUCUAGACCAAAGCAGACACAACGCACUGCUCAAAUUCUAAAAGACUCAGGGAUUCACAUUUAUGCCAUCGGUAUUGGAAGCCAAGUUCCUAGAUCUGAAUUGGUAACCAUUGCAAGUCAUCCAAGCAAGGAAUAUAUCUAUGGUAUAAAUUCGUUUAGCGAUUUGUCAAAAAUCCAGGCUGGCCUAGCAAGCAAAACUUGCAUCGUUGAUCCUUGCAGUAGUUCUCCAUGUAAAAACAAUGGAACUUGUAUAAACAAAGGUUACGAGUUUAGAUGCCAAUGUCAAAGCGGCUUUCGAGGAGAUGUCUGUUCUAUAGUUGAUCCUUGCAGUAGUUUCCCCUGUAAAAACAAUGGAAUCUGUAAAAACAAUGGAUACGAGUUUAGUUGUCAGUGUCGAGACGGAUUCAGAGGAGAUGUCUGUAAUAUAAAACCACCUUGCUCUAGCAGUCCCUGUCAAAACGGAGGAACAUGCACAAAUAAAAACGACGAUUUCAGUUGUCAAUGUCAACCUGUCUACAGAGGAAAGGACUGUUCCAUAGUUGAUCCCUGUCACAUCAGACCUUGUAAAAAUAAUGGUAGCUGUACAAAUAAUGGAACAUCUUACACAUGUGAAUGCACUCCUUAUUUUAUUGGAAAAAGUUGCGAAAAAGCGAAACCAGAAUGCUCUUGCAUGACGUUUGGCAAAAUGUUUUACCGGACAUUCGAUGACCAAAUGUUACAGUUUAACGGUUCUUGCAGUGAAACGUUGGUGAAAUCCGUGCCUGGAACCAACUAUACAGACUUUAUAGUUAAAAUAAUAAAAACAAAGGAGUACUCAAUUUCAGAGCCCACCGUCACUCGAAUAGUCGAAACGAAGUUCAAAAAUACCACCGUUCGACUGUUGCCAUUCAGUACAAUAUUGGUGAAUUCUGAGGAAAGAUCUUUACCGUUAAUAACCAAAGACUUCACAGUUCGAUUAUCUGUUGGUUGGAUAUCACUAACAACAGACUGGGGAUUGACGGUAAAAUAUGAUGGUGUACACCAAGCACACGUCACACUUCCAAUAUCAUUUGCUGAAAAAGUAGAAGGUAAUUGCGGUAACUGUAAUGGUAAGAAGGAUGAUUUGCUGUCAACACCAACUGGUAUGAUUAAGGUUUCUAGAAAAGGACUUCAAGUGCAGCCUAAAACUUCUUGUAAGUCCCAAGCAUUGACUGUGGAAUGCAGUCAACCAAUGCAAUGUGAUACCAUCUUUAAAAAACCAGUGUUUCAAAAAUGUGUUCAAACUAUUGGUGAAGAAAAUGUUGCUAGAUUACAAAAAUCUUGUCGAGCCAGUCUAUGUUCAGCGAAAAAUAAAGAUGAGGCAGAUAAACUUUGUGAAAUACUUGAAGCCUUUUCAAGUGAAUGCGAAAAAGCAAGCAUUGUUGUCAAAUGGAGAUCCACAACAUUUUGCCCGAAACUUUGUCCUAACAAUCAAGAAUACAAGGGUAAAGUAUUAAAAUGUCAGCCAUCUUGUAUUAAUAAGACCCUCAGCUGUACGAGAUACACAGAAGGUUGUGUGUGUAAACCCGGAUUUCUUCUUAGCGGAGAAGAAUGUGUUUCUGAAUCAGAAUGUGGUUGUUUCAAAAACGGCAUUUAUAUGAAACUCCACGAAGAACAUAGUCUGCAAAGAAGUAAUGGAUUGAAAGUUGUACGCAAAUUGAAAUGUGCAUUGGCUCUGACCCAUCGCCUUGGCUUAUAA